GUCCCACUCGCUACCGCACCGCGCUCAGUGUCGUCCUUGCCAUCGCAGCCGUGUCGUCAUCACGCACAAGAGGAGGAGAAGGGGAGCGAUGGGGAGAAAAGGAAGGGAUGACACCGUGACUGGGCUUACCACCGUUGCGUCGCAGAAGCUUCCAGUCCCGUUGCCGCCAUUCACGCUGUCACCUCCAGCCCUCGCCGUUGCCAUUCAUGAAGAGUGGAAGAGAGAGAGAGAGAGAGCUCGAGAGCAGAGGAGAGAAAGGGGAGACCCGUGCUCAGCCACCGCCGCGACUCUGCCGCUGAGAAGCUCCGCUGCCGCCACUGAGAUUCACCAUCGUCACCAUCGAAGAAGCUUCAGCCGCCACCGUCGAUUGUCACUGGGGAACAACCGCCGUGCCUCUGGUCGCCGGAAUCACGGACUGGAGAGAAGGGGGCUGCCUCUCCUAUUGCUGCUAUUUCGUUCUUUUAUCAUUAACCACCAUAGCUAUUCUGCAUCACCUUCACUUUCCAUUAUUUCGGUGCUGAUCACUACUUUGAAAUGCAAGAUGGGGUUAUUCACGUAUAUCCAAAUAAAGACUAUCUAUACUGCAGCUGUAUCAGCAAAAAACUGGAAAUGGAUUUUGGCAGAGGAUCUCAGCUGA